UUGCACCAUCCGACCGUCCGACCCGUCACGAUCGUGAGACGACGCGCCGCGCUGUGACCCUCGUCCGGCCCCUGCCAUGGACAGCGAGGCAGUUUGGCAAUGCUUAUCUUCUGGCCCUGUGAUGAAACCAGUCCCAAUCAAGGAGCCGCGCCGCAACCGAGAGCCUGCCGUUUUUGCCCGCCCGUCGAUCUCGGAAUCGACCUUGGAGUCAAACUUGAAGCGUGUUGCAUAUAUCAGGACGUUGUCACCACCUCUUUCGUCGCCUCUCAGCGUGACUCGAGUUGCCGUUUGACUGUCGUGGUCGUGACUUUGAGUUUGCGUCGUUAUUCGUGGCCGGCUUGAUUGUCUUGCUGCUGUGUCUAUUGUUCUUGAGCCUUGACCCUUUCUCGAUUGCUGCGGCUGCCGCGCGGAACCAGCAGCAAUCUUUUUUGAUGCAUUCCAUCCUCUCGCAGCCUGCUGCGGACUGCUAACACAUCCACUCUUGCAACCCUGUCCUCGCAGCCAGCAUGGUCAUGGUGACGAGUAUCCUCCGUCGGUCGAGCGCCGCGAACCAUGUCGAAAGUGGCUCCUCGAGCGGAGAAUCGUCGCGUCGAACGUCGCACGCAGAAAGCCAACAACCUCCCCGACGGCCGAGUUUGGGAGGGCUUUCUCUCCGUCUCUCGCGAUCCAAAAGACGGGAGUCGUCGAAGGAGACGGAGACAUGUUCGGAUCCAGCGGCCCAAAGGUUAGGAGAGAUGUUCUUCUCACUGCCAGACGAGAUCAUUGUCCAGAUCCUGUGCCACCUCUCUCAAGCAGAUAUAUUUGCCCUUCGACGGACCUGCCGUUCUGUCUACGGCUUCUUGAACGUCCAUGCCGCUCCGAUAACGCGAUCUCUUCUCAUCCAAAGCGCCCACGAGCACUGUUGGCACCCAUUCGAGGACAAUGUCAAUGACAGCAAAGCAUGGGAUACUUACAGUUAUAUCCAGACCCUCUAUCCCCAACCACUUCCCUGCCGGUCGAUGGACUAUCUUUUGCAGAUGGUGAAAAGACAAAGUCAAAUCAAUAGGAUGUUGUCUAUCAUCGGAGGCUAUGUCCACAUGAAGAUCUACAUGAUUGCCAGCUGUCCACGGUUCAAUGACUUUUCCCCUUAUAAAGCCAAGCUGAUUCGGCGCUUGCAUCUGGCUGCCUGGACGCUAUACCACUUCUUGGACAAGUACAGGCUGAUGCUCAUAUUUGAGCAUCCAGGCCAUCCGCAGCCCCAGCCGAACCUGACGGGCAGCAGCACAGACAAGUCUGCGUCUUCCUGUCCUUCAUGCAAGCGUUUUGUAAGAAGACUUCUGCUUUCCUAUCCAGGUACCGAGAUCAUCCCGGCAUACCAUUUCUACGCACUCUGUCAACAACAUCUUCGGUCAUUGAGCCGCGCGCCCACGUAUGCAGGGUCCAUCGAGCGAAAGCUUAGAGGAUGGAGUCGCAAGCCUCCCACUGAUGCGGACUUGGCCACACUAUUCGUGAUGGGCGGAAUCCCCGAAUUGUGCAAGUUGAACAUGCUGAAAGGAACGUAUAACCAGCGCAUCGAGGUGAUUGGAUCCUUUGUGGACAUGCUCGAUCGAAAGGCGGCCGAGCGGUCCAGAACUGGACGUGUUGAGACCCAUCCACCAUCACUAUCACCACUCAAACUUGAUGGUAACGAAACUGCGAUCUCACCUGCUUCCUUCACUCGAAUCACACGCCCUCUGACUUCGACACUUGACUACGCCUCGUAUGCCACCCUGGCUGCAGUCCCCGAUCUGGACGACUUCAUCAUCGGCACGGACGAGUGGGUGACGCGGAUGUUUCAGCUGGUAAAUCCUGAAGAUGAGAUCGUCAGUGCAUUUGGAUUUGUCCAGAAUGUUUUAGCCGGCAAGGGUGAGAAGAAUAGAGGUGGCUCUGGAGGUGACGAGGGCGGUGCAGAGCUGGACUUUCUGGCUCCAGUGAUAGAUUUCGACUGAUGAAGUUUGUCUCAAGCUUCAAUCCAAAACCAGAAUGCAAGCGUUGCAGGAUUGGUGGUGGGUUCCUGGAUUCAAGGUGAGAAGCGUGUGUGGUUCAUAUUUACUCACGGAUUCGUCAUUCAGUGACUACGAGACUGAGUGGGCGUCAGUUUGAAGCGGGUAUUUACAUGCUGUUACGAACUGUAUCUACGACACGCAUCAACAUGAAACAAUAGACAUGCAUACAAUGACUGAUGUGCUUGAAAACUUGA